AUGCGUACGGCAGUUAAAGAAGACCUCCAAUCAUCUGUAGCUGAAUUGGUGUACGGAGCAACUCUCCGACUGCCGGGAGAAUUCUUCGUCGAGUCCAAAACCUCAAAUCCAUCACACGAAUUCAUCAGUGAUCUGCGGAAAGUAAUGGCUCAAAUUCGUCCCACACCAACAAGUAACCACGCUAGGCCUUAUACAUUCGUGCAAAAGGACCUAGCUACGUGUACCCACGUCUUUGUGCGAAUCGACGCAGUUAAACCACCACUUUCACACCCGUUCGAUGGACCAUACCGUGUAUUGCGCCGUCGAAAAAAAGUUUUUGUAGUGGACAUCAACGGCAAGCCAUCACCUAUAUCCAUCGAUCGUCUCAAAGCCGCAUUCGUACACUGCAACGAAGAUGAUAACACCACACAAUCAACCGAUAUCAGCAGAACUACUCCGACUGUUCCCGAUUCCCCAGUGUAUGCAACUAGAUCGGGCCGUCGUGUUCGUAUUCCCCGCCAAUAUUGGAAGGUCUAA